GACCCGCGUUCUAAUUCUCUUCGGUUUCCUUCCUUAUUCUCAGGUCCCCUCCGUCUCAAUCUUCUGCAACCACCCCGAGCAUAAAGCUGUGUGUGUUUUUGGCAAGUCAUGUGACCCUCCUUCCUGUCGAAGUCUCUGCACCCUGAACGAGCCCAGGCAGAAGUAGUAACACCGAGCAGAGACAGUCCAUCGCUUCUCGGCACCGAGCCCGGCGGCCAAGCAGGUGGGAGAGAUGUUGAGACGGAAGCCCUCCAAUUGUUCGGACAAAGAGCCGUCUCAGAAGAAGAAGUUGUCCUUGCAACGCUCCAGCAGCUUUAAGGAUUUCGGGAAAUCCAAACCGAGCUCGCCCGUUUCCUGCAAUGAGUUCAACCUGGAAACCGAAAUCCCAGAAGAUGAAAACUCUGCCGCCAGCGAAGACGGGAAACGCGGCGCGGGAAAAAUAGGCAAGAAAUGGCGGGCGGUGAUUUCGCGGACGAUGAACAGGAAAUGCGGCAAGAUGAUGAUGAAGGCCAUGGCCGACGAGAUGGGGGAGCCGGGAGAGGCGGGGUCGUUGUCUCCGACCUCUUUAGAUGGCAGUUUGGAUGGGAGCUUCCCCGGGAAACUGUCCGAUCCGGAGGACAACCACCACACAUCCGUCAGCAGGCAGACCUCCAGCGGCAGCGAGUUGUGCAGCCCUUCUUAUGCCCACCAUAGCAACAGAGACAGCAUCAACAUAGAGAACCUCCCCCCACCAUACACCGGGCCCUUCUGUGGGAAAGCGAAGGUCCAUACUGACUUCACACCGAGUCCAUACGAGAAAGAUUCCCUCAAACUCAGGAUAGGAGACAUCAUCAACAUCAUCGAGAAACCUCCGGUCGGUACCUGGACGGGCACGUUGAAUAACAAGGUGGGGUCAUUCAAGUUCAUCUACGUGGAAAUCCUCCCCCAGGAAACGGAGACCCCCAAAAAAGUCCGGACGCAUCGAAGGAGCAAAAAAUCCCAACCCAGCACACUGAAGGAGCUUCUGGAGCGGAUCAACAUGCAGGAACACAUCGCCACCCUCAUGCUGAACGGUUAUCAGACAAUAGAGGACUUCAAGGACCUGACCGAGAGCCAUCUGCUGGAAUUGAACAUCACAGACCCUCAGCACACUGUGAAACUGCUGACCGCCGCUGAAGUCCUGCUAGAUUAUGACACCACCAGCGAAUCAGAAGAAGGGACCGGGACAUCUUUAGCGGAUCAGAAUUCUCACCUCCCCCGAGAUUCGGGCUGCUACGAGGGACCGGAGAACCUUGAAAGCAGCCGCGACGAGUCCGACGGCCCCGAGGAGAACUUGCAGAAACUGUCCUUGGAGGACGGCGAAGCGACCAAUCAGGAAGGGUGACUUCUUCUUUUUUUUUUUCUUUUUUUUUUAAUUGAUGACAUGAAUGAAACUGCAUCACUUUACGUUGAAGGAUAUUCCGGGAUAAACCAAAGAAAACUGAAAAAUCUCGACUCUUUCAUUCCAAGGCUUGUUUGUGGAAACCGCUGGACGUUUGACAUGAAAUAACAAGUAUUGUCUACUUUUUGUUUUUACAUUUUGUCCGUUUUUUAUAUAUUUUUGACUUUCUACAAUUCUUACUUUGAGGUUGUUACUAUAGAUUCUUGUUAUUACAUUUAUAUCAAAUAGAAUUCAAAGAACUGUAAGUUACUUGUUCCAGAUAUUGGACCACUUACUGGCAAUAUCCAACUUUUCUCACAAAUGGAGAGGGCAAGGGCAGCAAAUGGCCAUGGGGGUAGAGUCAGGUAGGGGCGUGCAAAACUGCGGCGGCGUAAUGUAUGACAUUUACGUUACGCCGCCACAAGUUUUAUGGGC